AACAUGAAAUCUCUCGCUUCUUUCUGUUUCGCCUUCCUCUGCAUUUCGCUUCUCCCUUUCUUCUCCUCUUCUACCAUACUGUUCCAGGGUUUCAACUGGGUAUCCCUUGAGAAAGCAGGAGGAUUUUACAACUAUCUCAAGACCCAGGUGCCUUUAAUUGCAGAUCUUGGAGUCGAAUAUGUCUGGCUUCCUCCUCCCUCCAACUCUCACCCUGAUGGUCCUCAAGGCUACCUGCCGAAAAGAUUAUAUGAUCUUGACACCUCGAAAUACGGUAACAAGGAGGAAUUGAAGUCACUGAUAGCGGCAUUUCGCGACAGGGGAGUGAAAUGCAUAGCCGACAUAGUCAUCAACCACAGGACUGCAGAGAGGCUGGACGAGAGAGGACUUAGCAUCUUCGAAGGUGGCACUCCUGAUUCACGUCUCGAUUGGGGCCCAUCUUUCAUUUGCAAAGACGACACUGCUUAUUCUGACGGCACCGGAAAUCCUGACAGCGGAGAGCCAUACGACGCCGCACCGGACAUCGACCAUCUCAAUCCUCAGGUUCAGUCAGAGCUUUCAGAUUGGAUGAAUUGGUUGAAGACCGAGGUAGGAUUCGACGGAUGGAGAUUCGAUUUCGUAAAGGGCUAUGCCGCCGAUAUUACCAAGGUUUACAUGCAACGAACCUCCCCAGACUUUGCCGUCGGGGAAAAAUGGGACUCUCUGUCUUAUGGACAGGACGGGAAGCCUCAGAAUAAUCAAGACGCUCAUCGGGAUGCGCUGGUGAAUUGGGUGGAACAGGCCGGCGGUGCUGUCACCGCCUUUGAUUUCACGACGAAAGGGAUCCUUCAAGCCGCCGUACAAGGGGAGCUAUGGAGGUUGAAGGAUUCGAACGGGAAGCCGCCGGGAAUGAUCGGGAGAAAGCCAGAAAAUGCGGUGACGUUCAUUGAAAAUCAUGACACAGGUUCCACUCAGAAAAAAUGGCCAUUCCCUGAUGACAAAGUCAUGCAGGGAUACGCAUACAUACUUACUCACCCGGGCCAUCCCACCGUUUUCUACGAUCACUACAUCGAUUGGGUAGAACAGCGAGCGCCCAUAAAGAAUUUGACGGACAUAAGGAAGAGGAAUGGGAUAAACCCAACGAGCAGCGUCAGCAUUCUGGCAGCCGAUGCUGAUCUGUACAUGGCUGAGAUAGACCAGAAGGUCGUCGUCAAGAUUGGACCCAACGGUGAUCUCAAGAACCUUCUUCCUCAAAACGCGGUGCUCGCUACCAGUGGACAAGACUUCGCCGUGUGGGAACUCCACUGACUACUGCCAUAAUAUAACGGCCCUCUCCGAUAAUAAAAUUGAUGGCGAGUAACAAUAAUAUGUCGAUUUUCCAUUAAUGUAAGAGUGAAAUAAAUAAAUUUCUUAUAUCUGCGUAUGAAAAACGAUUAGCCAUAUGAGUUACUAUGUCCAUUGGUGUCA